UUCUUGUAAGCAAUGAAAGCAUGUGUAAAAUAUAAAAUCUGUCACAGAGUUUAGACUUUUAUUCUAGAUAUUCAUCUUCUUUAAUCUGAAUUCUAGACUCAGGCUUUUGGUUUAUUCAUAAUUUAAGUAAUGUUUGAUAGUUCAUAACGACUUUUGCUUUUAAAAAAAAUCAACACUUGUGUCCACACUGUCCAGACCACACUGUUCUGAAACUGUUCACAGUCUUGAGAAGUUGGUUGAGUCUUACUCUAAACUCUUGACACUCGUAACUGUCUUGUCUUGUAAUACCAUGUCUAGCGCAAACCAAGAUCAAACAUCCAAAAAGCCAAUAUUGGAAGUGUUGGAUACCAAAGCUGGAAGUGAUGAGACUGUGAUGACCUUUAUUCUUCAUGAUGAGGACCACACUUUAGGGAACGCUCUGAAAUAUAUGUUGAAUAAAAAUCCUCAGGUAACGUUUGUUGGCUACAGCAUUACACAUCCAUCAGAAAGUAAAAUCAACUUACGUAUACAAACAACAGGUGUUCCAGCAGUGGAUGUAUUGAAGCAAGCCUUCAGAGACCUAAAGAAGAUGUGCUCACACAUGCUGACAACUUUUGAGUCCUCUACUAAAUACUUUAAAGAGAACCACAUGGAGGAGACAUUAGACAGCCAUCCUUGACAUUUGUGGCAUGACAUCGUCACUUGUACAUAUAUCAAAUCAGUAAUAUUCACAUGUGCUGUUUAAAAUGGUGUAUUGGUUUGGCCGAAUUUUAUCCGCACACCCAGAGUCUUCAAUGGAGUUUUGUACCAGCCUGCACAUAUCACUGUUCUCGGAACACAGACCAAAGAGACACUCAUCUAGAAGGCUAGUCAACUGAGAAAUAGAAAUACUUUGUUUAGACAUAGUGAUAAUCUGUUUCAAUGGAAAUUGAAAAGAAAAUUUGUUUUUGUAUUUUGUUUUAUAUCUUUUUUUUUUUUGUUGUUUUAUUGAAUGUCAACAUGGUCUAAGUUUACACUUCUUUACUUCAGACUUGAAAUAGUUAAAACUUAAUUAGAAACAUAUUUGGGUUGUUAUACUAUAUUAAUUAAUCUAGUUCUCAAUUCAUUUCCAAUAGGACUAGUCUCUAGACAAAACUGAAAUCUUUGUAUAAAAUACUUUUCGUACCUUGCUUGUUUUUUUCAACACUGUUUUUUGUUUCUGAAAGAAUUAAAAUAUAAUGUAGAAUAUUAAA